UCGCGGCCCGCGCUCCCGCCGCGCUCCCCGCAUGGCGCCCCGCGGCAGGAAGCGGCGCGCCCCGGCGGCGGCCGGGCAGGGCGGAGAGGGCCCCGAGCGGCUGCGGGCACGGGCUGAGGGCGGGCCCGGGGGCGGCGGGGCCAGGGUCGUCAUCGAGCACUGCAAGAGCUGACGGGUGUUCGGGCGCAAUGCCGCGGCGGUGAGCGAGGCCCUGCGUGAGGCCGUGGCCAACCUGGCCGUGGACAUCAACCCCGAGAAGCCCCGCAGGAACAGCUUCGAGGUGUCCCUGGUGAAGGAGGACGGCAGCACCGUGGAGCUGUGGAGUGGCAUCGGGAAGGGGCCGCCCCGCAAGCUGAAGUUCCCCGACCCCGCUGCCAUGGUGGAGGCCCUGAAGAGCAGCCUGGCCUAGAGGAGGCGCCAAGGUGAGGAGAGACCCCAGCAACGGGACCAGGACCACCGCACGCCGACCACCCUCCCCCCCCGGCCCAGCUGGGAUCAGCACCCGCGGAGCGAGCACCCGUGAAGGGGCGUGACGAAGUGAGGGGGCGCCUGCCCCCCCAGUCCCGUCUCCGAUGCCGCAGCUCCCCCGUGGGCAGCCAAUGCUGAGCCCCCAGCUCCCCGCUCUCCCCUGCAGCCCCCCAACCCCUUGUUCAGUUCCCCAAUAAAGCCCUGCAGCUCCACAACACGA